AUGGCCGAAGACUCCGCUCUCGCCCCGAAGUUCGCGCCGUUCAUCGGAAUGGCCGGCAUCGCAGCUGCCAUGGUCUUCGGAUGCAUCGGCGCCGCAUACGGUACCGCAAAGUCGGGUAUCGGUAUUGCUGGUGUGGGAACAUUUAGGCCAGACUUGAUCAUGAAGGCAUGCUACCCUGGCUGUUGUUGUCUGAUCCCCGUGGUCAUGUCCGGUAUCAUUGCCGUCUACUCCCUCGUCGUCUCCGUCCUCAUCGCCCAAGAUCUUUCGCCCCCAGGCACUGGAAGCGAAUACAGCUUAUUCAACGGCUUCAUGCACUUGGCUUGCGGUCUUUCUGUCGGCUUCACUGGCUUGGCAGCCGGCUACACGAUUGGCAUUGUCGGUGACAAGGGCGUGCGCGCUUACAUGGAACAAUCUCGCGUCUUCGUUGGCAUGGUUCUGAUUCUCAUUUUCGGCGAAGUUUUGGGUCUUUACGGCCUUAUCGUCGCUCUUAUCCUGAACACCAAGUCCAAGGGCUAA